CCGGCACGGAGAGGGCACAAUGGCCGAGCACGGGGCUCACAUCACGGCCGCCCCUGGCGCGGACGACCAGCCUUCCAUCUUCGAGGUGGUAGCGCAGGACAGUCUGAUGGCAGCCGUGAGGCCCGCCCUUCAGCACGUGGCCAAGGUUCUUGCAGAAUCCAACCCUGCCCAUUAUGGCUUCCUCUGGCGGUGGUUUGAUGAAAUCUUCACUUUUCUGGAUCUUUUGCUACAGCAGCACUAUUUGUCUAAAGCCAGUGCCUCCUUCUCUGAGAACUUUUAUGGCUUAAAGAGGAUCGUGAUGGGAGACCCUGGAGGGGUCCGGAGGUUGGCCAGUGCCGGCCUCCCAAAGAAGCAGCUUUGGAAGUCCCUCUUAUUCCUGGUCCUCUUUCCCUACUUGAAAGUGAAAUUGGAGAAGUUGGUCUCCAGCCUAAGAGAAGAGGAUGAAUAUUCCAUUCAUCCCCCUUCUUCCCGUUGGAAGCGGUUUUACCGAGCUUUCUUGGCAGCUUAUCCCUUUGUGACCAUGGCUUGGGAAGGCUGGUUCCUCAUACAGCAGUUACGUUACAUCCUGGGGAAGGCUCAGCAUCAUUCACCCUUACUGAGCCUAGCUGGAGUUUGCCUAGGUAGACUCUCAGCAGAGGAUAUCCGAGCUUUGGAAAAGUCACCAGCUCGAGCUAGUGGGAUGCAACAGCCAGCCACUAGUAUUCGAGAGAAGGUGCAGUCAGCUGUCAAGAAAGCUAUAGGAGGCCUUUCCUUGUCCGUCUCCACAGGCUUUUCUGUAGGUGUUUUCUUCCUGCAAUUCCUAGAUUGGUGGUACUCAUCAGAGAAUCAAGAAACCAUCAAAUCCCUGACUGCCCUGCCCACCCCACCACCCCCUGUGCACCUGGACUACAACUCUGAUUCCUCUCUGUUGCCAAAGCUGAAGUCAGUGUGCCCCUUAUGUCGCAAAACACGGGUGAACGACACUGCACUGGCCACCUCUGGCUAUGUGUUUUGUUACCGAUGUGUGUAUAACUACGUGAGGAGUCACCAAACCUGCCCCAUCACAGGCUAUGCAACAGAAGUCCAGCACCUGGUUAAACUGUACUCCCCCGAAAACUGAAUUACCUUGCCAACUGUGCCCCAUGGUAAGACUGCUCUGCCUACCAUCCAUUCUGCCAUAGAGUGGUAUUACUCAGCCAGACCCAUCCAUCUUAGUCACCCAUCUCAGGACAUCCUCAACCUUAAAGAGCCUAGCAAAACAUUUUUUUAAAUCAAAUAUAUACCCACUUGAAUGUAGCCUAUUAAUAUGCCUUCCAAUCUCCAUCCAGAAAUUAAUGAAAACAGAGUCAAGUUGCUAAAUGAACACAUUACCAAGGGUCAUUAGUCAAGAGGGACAGAGUUGUUAUGAGG